AUGCCGGAAAAUCUCGAGGCUGCUUGCAUCGAAGUUACAAAACCGAAUGGUAGACCUUUUAUUUUAUUUAUCAGCCGCCCGUUGCAGCUGUAAAAAUAUAUGAUAGUAUAGAGCGUAUGAUUGGGCGAAUGGAUAAUGAAAACAAGGAAACUUAUAUUCUUGGUGGCCUCAACUGCGACUUAUUAGACCAAGCUAAUCUUGAUAAGUGA